AUGUCUUCCUUCAAAGUCAGCCUCAAAAAGGACCCCCAACUUGCGAUACCCAACCGCAGUUCAUCACUUCCACGCGACCGUGGCACAGAUCGAUCUCGGUCCCUGAGUCGAGUAACCUCCGCAAUAGGUUCAGCAAGUCGUCUAUUACCUCAGCGACGUGGCUCGCAUUCCACACCACGGCCAAAGUCUCUGCCCAUUGAUGAUCGCUCCUUGGAAGCGCCGUUGAACCAUUGUAACCUGUCGAACAACGCUUCCUUGAACCCAAUAGACGUCAUAAACUCUUCUGGGGUUCAGCUCAAAACAAGAUCUGCUAGCUGCUCUGCAGCAGUUCGAAGGCCAAUGCAUUACGCCAGAGUUCAAAGAUGGGCUGGCCUGACUCGUACUGUUAGUGACUGGGACUUCCUGCGACGGGACCCUGAACUCUACUAUGCAAACGGCGACUGCUAUGUUCAUUUACACGCUCGGGGAGCAUCCCAGCGUGGCCCGUCUUUUUGCAUUCCCUUCAGGGUAUUAAAACAGAAGAAGUGCCAUGCCAUCUUAGAUCAAUGCGAUGCUCAUAUCACAUCCUCUACUAACAUUGACCCUCGGCCACUGGUCACAAUGCCAAGUUCACUCAACAAUCCGGGGGAAGAACGCAGUACCAUACAGCUUUUCAUUCCUGCCCCCAACGAGACAUCCCGCGAACAUUCUUUCCAAUGGCACAUCACUACACGCAAUUUCUUUGCUUUACUUUUGGGGAAACCGUUGGUAGGAGAACACAUGGGCCAAGCCUUUGUUGAUUUGCAGGAUAGACUGUUCCUGUUCCGGCCAGAUCAGACAAACAAUCAUCAGGAGUUCCUGGAUUAUCUUGGGAACCAAGGUUACCGCGAUCUUGUAGAGUGUACCGACUAUGCACUCGCAAGCCUAUACUAUGCAGAGCAUUACAAAUUAAAGGCUGUCUGGAUCGAUGCAUUUGCUCACUGCGUUGGGAUGAACGAGAGCUUGGUCCUCAGCCCAGAAUACACCGCCAACUCGAGCCUUACCAAGGCCCUGUUAAGGAGAGCACACCAUGAAGUCGAUCUUCGGCUAAAUCGGAUCUCCGCUGCUCUUGCUAGCUUUUUACAGAAUGACCUGUCACCAGCCUACCUUGGUAUAACCGACUCAGCACACAGCCACCUCGAUUAUUUCCGCCAGUUCUUGCACGGCUUCUAUGCUAACAAGUUUGGGUACUGGCCGCCGCCUGGAGGUGUGUCUUUCCCAAAGGCGCUCUACAAGUCCAUGUUUUACGACUUUCAGAGUUUGUAUGACUAUCUUGUGGACACAGAAUCGACGAGCGAUAUUUCCAUGCAGAAGCCUGCCAGUGGUGGCUUAUGCAUCUUGCAAACUGUUAGUAGCUUUGACAAGCGGCAUGGCUUCAAAGCACAACCACACCCAUUGCCACUAUUGCCAGCAGAAAGGUCUACAUCCAGCAAGGCCGAAGCCCAGAAAGCACUUAGAAAAUUCAAAUUGGCUAAUCAGUAUAACAAGACGUGCCAGCUUCACUCGGCUAGUGCGGCGUUGGCUGUCGCAACGAACGACUUGGAUCACGUCGCAGCAAAUUCGAAGAUUGUGCAGGCAUAUAUGCAGUUUGAGAGAGUGUAUGCCGCAAUCUCCUCACAAAAGCAGGAGAAGAUCUCAGCGAUUGACGCACGCAAAGUGAGGUGGCUCUUGAUCUACGGUACACUCCAAUACUUGACUUCUGCUCUUCGAGCUCCUAGAGAAGUUCGAGACUACGAGACUCCAGAGUAUCCUCUAUGUUGUGUAGCUGAACAAUCUUCAUGGAACACUGACACCGUAACAUCGACCCCAAUGGCCACCCCAUUGGCGACACCAUCUAUAACUGUCAAAGAACUGUCUUCAGACAAUCGGCACAGUCCCCUCACAAUAGAACCAGAUUGUAAUCGGGAAGAUUAUUUCUCAUCACCCAACUCCACUGCGGCGCCAUCUCGUCAGACUUCCUUCCGCUUAUUUGAUCCACGAUCAUUGUCCAUGCGUAAUUCACGGAGAAAUCUGAAAUCGAACCAACACUGCGCCAGCAUUGUCCACGAGAACAGUACCGGCCUUGACCCAGCGGCACUGGAUUGUCAUCGGCCGGUGUCUUCCGUCUACUCACAGCAAUCGUCUGCGUCGGUGUUACCGGACGGAGCAGGACCAGAUACAUCCUGGCUCAGGUCAAAGACACCAUCUGCGCGUCACAGCAAGACGUUGUCCCAGUCAGAUUCGGUUGACUUGACACGCCCACGUACACCUCUCCUCGACUCUACACAACUGGAGCAUACAUCACUUUCUAGAAUCUUUAUGGACAUGAGCGACGCCCCAAGCCGGGCUGACAGUACUGGCUCCACCGCCAGCUCAAUAUGGAGUGAACAAGCAAGCGUGGCAUCUUCCAAGUCGAGCGCCGAGGAAGAACUAGCAAGUCCUGCCAAGCCUGGCCCUGGAGUGAAUGGCGAACUCCUCGGCGGCUUCGCCUCGCCACAUUCAUCCUCUGCUGCGCCAGCCCUCGCGGCCAAGUGGAUUUGA